GGAAAAUGGCUGUGCAGGCGAGCAGGGAGUUAUGAACGGGAGAAGAAACAAGCUGAAGUAAAAAAGAAAGACUUUGUACAAGUUUCGUGCACCACUGGAAGCCGUCGUGUGCUUUCGCGAUAUUGGUCGGACUCCUGUCUGCCAUUUUGGAGUGUCUGAGCGACGCAGCUAAAAGUGAGAAGACUCGAGAAAUAUCCACGGGUUGGUCAUAAUCCCUGUCCAGAACAUGUGGGAGCUUUACAGAACCGAAGAGGAUUAAAGACCUUCCCACUCUGCCACUGGUACUCCUGAUUUAGACCACUUCUUUCGACCGCAGGGAGCCGGCAACGCACGGCCCUCCACUGGCAAAUUUUAAACCAGGCUGCUCCAAUAGCAUCCAGCCAGCAGGUCUUCGCCGCUUGAAAGAGCAUGUUGCCUACGCUCUCCCUCUGCUCCAUCAUCUGGCUCAACCGGGGUAUCAAGCUGAGGAAAGUGCACCACUUCACCAACACCGGUCAGGUCUGAAAUAACAGUCCGAAGGUCAGACUUGUGAAAAUGCUUCUCAGCUUCGGGUGACUCCGUCAUCCCCUCACUCCCCCACAACCACCCGACAACAUCAUCUUUAGUGACUCGUAAACCUUUCUGGUUUCUCGGCCUGCAAAAGCCCAGUUACUGCAGGCGCACUUGGCCUGCACCAUAUAACCCUCUAUCGGCGGCCAUUUUGAAUUGCUCUUCUCAAGCAAAAUGGCAACGGAAGGUUUCCAGUACCGUGCCCUCUACACAUUCACCAAGGACCAGGAAGAAGACCUGGAGCUGCAGCCGGGGGACCUCCUGAUCGUGAGCAAGGCCUCGCUCCUGUCCAUGGAGAACUACCACGAGGGAUGUGCGGAGAAGCCUGAAUGCCUCGGCUGGCUCCUCGGGUACAACGAGCGCUCCAAGCAGAGAGGCGACUUCCCUGGAACGUAUGUUGAAUAUGUGGGCCCUGUCAAGAUGGCUCUCCCGUCCAGUCAACCCAGGUCUCAGCGACCUCUCCCUGCUGCUCCUAGACCAGAGACUUGUCAAGCUGCUUCAGUGCCGGACCUGAGUGAGCAGUUCACACCACCAGAAACGGCUCCCGCAGCCCUCGUCAGCCUGAUCCAAGCCAUAGAGCAGAGAGGUCUGGACUCUACAACUCUGUACAGGAUGACUGCUAGUUCAGACAGCCCAGUGCACAGCCUAAAUCCUGAGAGUGAUAUCAGUCAGACGGAUGUGGCCAUCCUGUCAGAAUGUGUCAUGCACUACCUGAGAGACCUCCCUUCACCUGUCAUCCCUGCUUGUACAUACGCUCAGCUCCAAACUGCUAUCACACAGCAGCAGCAGGUCCUACAACAGUCAGCGGAUGGUGCUGUAGCUGGCAGCCAUGACAGAGAGGUAAGCCAAGUCCUCGAGAGCUCCACCACCGUCCCUCUCCAUCACCGUCUCACCCUGCAGUACCUCCUCGCACACCUGGCUAAAGUCACACAGGCACAGGCCAGCAACUGCUUGGACACGCACACGCUGGGGAAGGUCUUUGGACCGCUUUUGAUGAGAACAGGUCUCUCUACUCCGGGGUUGUCUUUGGAUGAAGAGUUACCAGCUCUUGUAGUGGAAAGGCUUCUGAUUGAGAGGACUGCAGAGCAAGACCUCACUCCCCCAGUUCUUCCAGCAAAGCCAACUAAGUCAAAAAUGGCACCAUCAGCCAUGACAGACAUAAGCACCCUUCUCAGCGAUGCUGAAUGGUACUGGGGAGAAAUUUCCAGGGAGGAGGUAAAUGAGAAAUUGAGAGACACACCUGAUGGUACCUUUCUGGUUCGAGAUGCCUCAAGCAAACUGGAGGGCGAGUACACUCUUACCCUCAGGAGAGGCGGGAACAACAAACUUAUAAAGAUCUACCACAGAGAUGGCCGUUACGGCUUCUCAGAGCCUCUCACCUUCCUGUCUGUGGUUGAGCUGAUCAACCAUUACCGCCAUGAGUCCUUGGCCCAGUACAAUGCCAAGCUGGACACCAAACUUCUGUACCCUGUUUCAAAAUACCAACAGCUGGUGAAGGAGAACAGCAUCGAGGAGGUUGGUGAACAGCUGAAGGUCUAUCACGAGCAGUACCAGGAGAAGAGUCGCGAGUACGACGCCCUCUAUGAGGAGUACACACGCACCUCACAGGAGCUGCAGAUGAAACGCACAGCCAUUGAGGCCUUCAACGAGACCAUCAAAAUAUUUGAAGAGCAAUGUGAGACUCAAGAGCGUUACAGCAAAGAAUCUUUGGAGCGAUUCCAGCGUGAAGGCAAUGAAAAGGAGAUUCAAAAGAUCCACAGCAACUCUGAGCGUUUGAAGUCUCGUGUGAAGGAGAUCCAUGACAGCAAGCGAAAGCUGGAGCAGGACUUGCGACAGCAGGUCUCGGAUAACAGAGAAAUUGAUAAGAAGAUGAACAGCCUCAAGCCAGAUCUCAUGCAGCUCCGCAAGAUCAGAGACCAAUAUUUAAUAUGGCUGACACAGAAGGGUACAAGGCAGAAAAAGAUUAACGAAUGGCUUGGCAUAAAAAACGAUGCUGAUGACUCGUACUCGCUGGAGGACGAUGAGGGCUCGCCCCAUCAUGAUGAGUGCACGUGGUAUGUGGGUGACAUCAAGCGCACCCAGGCUGAGGAAAUGCUGAGGGGCAAAUGUGAUGGAACCUUCCUCAUCCGUGAGAGCCAAUCGCAGAAGGGCUCGUACGCCUGCUCCGUUGUCGUGGACGGCGACGCCAAACACUGCGUCAUCAACAAGACGACCACGGGUUACGGAUUCGCCGAGCCAUACAAUCUCUACUCCUCCCUGAAAGAUCUGGUGCUUCACUACAAAAAUGUCUCCUUGAUCCAACACAAUGAGCAGCUGAAUGUAAAUCUAGCAUACCCAGUCCUGGCCCGCUCUCAAAACCAGAACCAGCACCCCAGAUGAAUUCACCAGCAGCAGCAAAGGGAGACAAACAGGGUGGGGCAAUUUUCACUCAAAUGCAUUGGACGCGAAAGAAGGGGGUCGUUCAUGUUUUUAAGUGGUGAAUCAAAUCAACUUAACAAGCAUGACUGACUCUCUAGCUAGUGGCGGGGGGCUAUAUUUUUCAUCUGACCCCAGUGCAACUAAGGGCACUUCUUACUAGCAGCAUGGCUUCACAAUAAGCACACCAACUUUGUAACUCAGCACUGUACAGUUUGCAUGACACAGCGAGCUGCGUUCGCCAGCCAGGGACUGUACAGUGUCAGUUACACAAACCCAGUGUGACAAAUUUACAAUAACACAUCUGGAUUCCGAAGAAGAACAUGUGUUCAAGGAUAAGCACACAUUAAUAACAUUUUUAGACAUCCUGAAGCGGGCGGGAGGGAGAUAUUGUGGGAUGAUGGGACGAUUUACAGGAGGCACUUUUUUUUUCUUUUUGCCUUAAACUCAUGAUAACUGUUUAUAGACAAAGGCCCAAACUGUUAUCCCCAGACUGCCUGCAAACUCUCAGUAGACAAAAGCCUGAGCUGUCAUCCUGCAAAAAGGACUGGCUUGGCUAAACCAGGCUGCUUGCUUCACACCGUAAGACGGCUGAGAAAUCGUUGGACCAGGUCGGUGUCGUCACUGGGGCCUGGGGAAAGGGGAAAGGGGAGGGCUUGGGUUGUAGAAAAGACUAAUUGAAUUUGACGCUUGUGUAAGUACCAUAGUAAUAGCUUUCAAUGACCACAAGCCUGUGUCACUAGUAGAGAGUGGUGGGACAGGAGGAGGCUGUCACAAUAGACACAGUUACAGCUUUAAAAUAUACUUGUUCUGGUUUGGUCAGAUGUUCCUUUGUUUCCACCUGCUUUGGCUUGUUGCUCUUAUCUCAGCAAGCCUCUGUUUGAACUGACGAGGUACAAGAGUCUAAAAUUGCAUGGUACUUAUUUGAUAUAUGGUGAAAUAGUUUUCAAUCACAAGAUGGACAUUGAUGAAUGCAGUUCGUCACUAUUCAGGUUUCCGUCUGACUGAAAUUUCCAGAAAGACUCCUGCAUCCAGCUUCUGUUUUGUUUCCUCCUUAAACUGUAGCACCUGUAGCCAUUGACUUAACUGUUAGUGCUCCUUGUAUGUGUCUGCUUCCUACACGCUAAAGGAACUUGCAGAGCAUCGGUCUAUGUGAUUAUUGUAUCUACGGUACUGUAUUUGCUUUGUCUCUUGUUAGAUACACAGUUUCUGAGAUCAUUGCAGAUGUUUGUUUUUUUUUGUUGAAUAGUAUUUACUCACAGUACUUCCCCUUCUUGCGCUUGACUGUUGCUUUUUUUUAUCACAAGCUUGACUCACAGAGCUGUAGAAGAUUUAAUGUACAGAGAAAAAAGAAGCAGUAAUAUAACAGUAUAUUUUAGCCAUAUGUGCAGUUGGUGUAUGUGAGUUUUCUUCUUUUAAGAUUGUAGCUUAGAUUCCGUUCCCUGCAUCCAGCUACUGUGAGCCAAAUGAAGGAUGUCUUUCAUGUAGCAAGAAAACUUUUUUUUUUUAAUGGUCGGCGAGAUUACCUAGUCCUUCCCGUUUGGUUUUCGACUUGUUGUGCGUACACAGUAAAGCAUGAUAUGCGUGAUUGUACUAUGCACAACAGACUAGUCCGAGGAGAAGAACUGCUUUGCUUUCACCUCUUCUCCCAUAUUCGUUUCAAUUCAGGUUUCACUCUGAAAGCACAACGCUCACUUGUAAGUCAAUUAUAAAUCAAAGUUGCCAAAAAAAGAAUUAUUUUUGUAGAGUGGUGUUGCAGAGAGGACAUAAGUCAAUUGGUGUAUGAUCUGUUGUCAAAUCUAAGGAGUGUGACGACUUGAUUUAUUUUUUAUCCUGACAUUGUGUCGCUUUCCCUUGUACAAUUCCCAAGUAAAUGUAAAACAGCAGCUUCAGCUAUCAGGCAAAUGAUCUUGAGCAUCCUAAACCAUUCAAUGUUACAUACAAUGUUAUGGUACCUUUUUUUAGUUUAGUUGGACUGGCCCAACUUUCCCCAGUGUUGAUUUCAGCCAUGUUUUAGCCAGGCUUAUUCAGUUGUACUGUACUUUUUGCACAUGUCUUUUGGUUGAACAAGAGGUCAGGUCAGCGCUUCUGCUCAGAGGGCUUUAAAAAAAAAAAAGAGUGAAGAGAUAAGAAGUGCCUUUCGUCAAUGAUGAGCGCAUCCUCUCCUCUUUGUUUGUUGUUGCCGCAGCGUCGGUGCCAUCGCUGCCACAUGCUGCACCCACCAUGCGUUCACCUUUUCUCAGCAAGAACCAGCGUGUGUGUGUGUGUGUGUGUGCGUGUGUGUGUGCGCGUGUGUAUGUGAGUAAAUCAGCAUGUUUUAGGUUUUUGGUUGUGCCUCUUUGUUGUUACAUGUGAAUUGUUACUUUCUCAGUGGGGGGCUAUACAGUAGCUUGGUGCGCUCUCUCACUUUGCACGCAAGCUUGCUUUGUUUUCAUUUACAUUUGGUCCGAUUUAACACUCAAACUACAAUGUGAACAGCCAAGACCCAGUGUAGUUGUUUGCAACACACUAGAUAAGCUCUCCAUUUAACUCAUGCAGCAUUUAUGACAUGUUAGUUCCAUGUGAACGACUACGUCACCUGCCAUUGCUGACAUCUGUCAUCCAGUUUGUUGGACCAACACUUGACUGCACUUUUUUUGUCUGUCCCACACACAAAUAAGUAGUCCCUAAAAACCCGUACAGUGUGGUGAAGCUCAGUUGCCUGCAGCUGAUUAGUUUUAAGCUCACAGUAUUCAAUGUACAGUUUAUGCUGCUGUUCUUCUGCAGACACAAGCGUCACGAUAUUAGCUUUGUAAUACUUUCCCAACUGGCUUCUCAUGCACUUUGAUCCACACGCUACAUUUGUCCAAAUUAACAAGACGAAUAGACUACAAUUUGUUGUUGUUGUUUUUUUGUUGUUGUUGUUUUUUUUAAAGGACAGUUCACCUUCAUGAUGAGUAGGAUUGCUCCAUGCAAUACAGGUGAAUCUCAAUAAAUUAGAAUAUUGUGCAAAA